UAUUACUAAAUAAUUAAUAUAACCACGGGUUUUUCAUAUACCUACAAUCUUAUAUUAUUUCGGAGUGUAUAAUUAGGUAUUGUCUUCCAUUCUUAAAUAAAUAAUCACACUGUUUACUUUAAGACUUCGUUACUUAUACAUGUGGUUGAUUUUUCAGUGUAGGAGGCAUGAGUGUAGGGUGACAUGCCAUGCUUCGUCUUUCUCACGUAGAUUGAACUCGGAGGGUGGAGUGGGUUGCAAAAGGGAAUGGGGUUUCACAACUACAUCGAAACGCGCGCGCCGCCGCCGCCGCCGCCGUGCCGCACCUCCCCCUGUACGUAUACAUGCCAACCGAUGCGAUUAUUCUGUCUAGCGGCGAGAGAGAGACGUAGUCAAUGCUCUGUUCGCGUCAGGUCGCUUCGUUGCAUUCCUGUAUAAGUUGUCAGUCCGCAACGCGCCGUUUGACCGAACGGACGUACGCGCGCGUUUCCAAUAUCGGAAAAUUAUCGUUGUUUAUUUAUUUAUCUAGAAUUGCAUAUCUUUAAUUUUUUGUGCGUCAAAAUUGCGUUUAGUUUAUAAUAGUGACCGAAUAUUUACGAAAGAACAAUAAUCAAUCUUAAUGAACUGUGAUCGUGUUUUUGGCCGUUUCAAACAUUAACAAAAACGGUAGAAAACAAAGUGUGAGGACAAGCGAAAUGAGCGGAUUGACCAACAGAGUUAAAAGAGGAUCGAGAGGUAGUGCAACUCUUCUCGAAGCAGCGAACAGGAUUUUGCGAUUACUUGGCGUGAGCUCCACGAAGCGCGGGAAACAGCCCUCGCCCAAAUCUAAGAUUAACGGCCGAGCGUCUAGUGAGUUACGGGCCCCAAUUGCUGCGGCCGAAAUCAUAGUAGAGACACCUAUCAAGAUGCAAGCAGCGCCAGCGCCCGCACCGACAACGCCGGCGCCUGCAUCUGCUGCGCCCUCAGCGCCAGCAUCUUCACCAGCUGCCAGUCAGGCACAAAAGCCCACCAAACGAACUGCUAAAGAUUACAUUUUUGGAAAACUUAUUGGCGAGGGUUGUUACAGUACAGUUUUUCUUGCAAAGGAUAUUCACAGUGGAAAAGAAUAUGCAAUUAAAGUAUGCGAAAAACUUCACAUCAUCCGAAAGAAGAAAAGGGAAUACAUUAGACGUGAGAAAGAUGCUCUAAACAUGCUGUUUAACGUACCUCACGGUUUUGUAAAACUGUACUGCACAUUUCAAGAUGAAGAAAGGCUAUAUUUUGUUUUGUCAUUUGCAAAAAAUGGCGAACUGUUGUCUUACAUAAAUCAAGUUGGCUCUUUUGAGCUCAAUGUAGCUAAAUUUUAUGCGGCCGAAUUAUUGAUGGCUUUAGAGAAAAUGCACGCCAAAGGAAUAAUUCACCGCGAUUUAAAACCAGAAAAUAUAUUAUUAGAUGAAAAUAUGCAUUUGCAAAUUGCUGAUUUUGGUACAGCCAAAAUUCUCGAACCGGAAGAGAUUCGUGCAUCGUCAAAUAAUACGGAUGACGCGCAAAAUGAACGGUCUAGAAAAAUUAGUUUCGUCGGAACACCGCAGUAUGUUAGUCCAGAAUUAUUACACGACGGUGUUGACACACGUGCCUCUGAUUUGUGGGCGUUGGGUUGCAUUAUUUACCAAAUGAUUUCGGGUUUGCCUCCAUUUCGAGCGGCUACAGAGUUUCUUACGUUCCAAAAAAUUCUAAAGAUGGAUUUCGAGUUCCCAGAAGGCUUUCCUGCAGAUGCCAAAGAUCUUGUAGAAAAGCUCUUAGUACUUGAUCACUCUAAGAGACUUGGCGCUACCGAUAAAGGCGAAACUUAUGACAGUAUUCGGAACCAUCCAUUUUUCGCUGGAAUUGACUGGGAUAACGUGUGGGAUCAGACGCCACCAACUAUUAGUCCAUAUUUACCCGGCGGUUCAUUUGAAGAGGAAUAUAAUGUGCCAGAUCAUCUUGAACCCGGAUUGGGCAAUCAACAGCUUGUAAGACUGUGGGAAUUCGACUUAUCUACCUCUAAAGGAAUCUUGAACAUUAGUCCAGAAGAAAAACGCCGUCGUCUCGAAGUGCAAUCUCGGGAGAGCAAAUGGCAUCAGUUUGUCGAUGGAGAGUUGAUUUUGAAGCAAGGCUUGGUCGACAAGCGAAAGGGUCUAUUUCCACGACGUCGUAUGCUGCUACUAACCACAGGGCCGCGCCUAUUUUAUGUAGAUCCGGCCAAUAUGGUGCUUAAGGCCGAACCGUACAUAUUACUUGGAAGACCCCGAUUCAUAUGCUUUGGAGUGGGCAAGCGUAAUCGACGAAGUACGCAUCGGUACAUACGGACGGGAUACGACUUAAGCGAUGGCGCGGCCGCAGCUCCGAGUCGCGUCCGCGCCGCCGCCGCGGCCCCCCGGGCCUCGCGCCCGCUCCUCGUACCUCACACGGCGAGUUCACACUUCUAGGUUACUUCUAGCCUUGAUUUAGAGCAUGGCAAAUUCCAAGCCGAAAGCUUUCGCGUCGAUGAUCGACCUCGUGCUGAGUCCUAAGUUAUGCAUAGGCCGGUGCGGGGCCGGCUCGCCUCGUGACGCCCGCCGUCGCCGCUGUCAUCGCCGCGGAGCGUGCCGUGAGCCACCGGCGGCGCUACAUAUGUUCAAAAAGCGCACGAAGCAAUACAGCCGGGCGCUCCGCACGCCGGACGGUUACGAGACGACAACCGAUCGACUACAGCUCGAUCACUGUGGAUACUGAAUGACUGAUUCCUAUUAAUAAUAAAUAUCCCGACUAUCUUAAAUUAUUCUAAUUUAAGUUCCUUAUUUAAUUGUGGAAUACCGACGAUGAUGUGUAAAUAUGUCUUAAAUUAUUAUUGCGAUUGCUUAGUAAUAUUUAAUUGUGGGGCAAUGUAACAAAUGUAAGUUUUAUUGUAUACAGGCCUCUUGUAAGAUUGGACUUGUUAUUCACCACCUGCGUGUUCACAAAGCCAUUCCGGUUGGUAACUAGGCAAUUUAUAGCUAAAUUUAAUAUUUAUUUUAUGUUUAAUUAUUUGCCAACGGAAUGUGACUGCUGUACAGUUAUAACCGUAGAAAUGUAUGAUUAUUAUGUUUCUAUAUUCUACUUCAACUGAGUUUAUCAGUGACAAUUGGUAUAGUAAGAAUUAGCAAAGUUGUAUAUUUUAAAUGAAAGUACCGAUUGUCAGAUUCUGGUUGCUGUAGAAAUAGAAGCAGCUAGAUGAAUGAAGAGUAGCCUCUUCACUAAUUAAUAGAGAGUUUCGGUACAUACAAUCACAAUACUGUGAUUGGUAGCGUUACUUUCAGAACUCUGUUUGAGUAUAAUACAUUAAGCUCUGAAAUGGCAUACAAGACUUUGUUUCAAUGCUUUUUAUGUGCAAGUUACUUGUGCUCUUUAAUUCUAUCUAACAUAGCAAAGGUAUACGGAAAGUGCCACCAAAGGUGACAGUUAUGCUAUUUCAUUGCUUGGUAAUUAAUUGUCUAAAAUAUAUUAAUUUGUUAAUUGCAGUCUAAUUAGGAUAUUGGGAUUGCUUAAUGGAUAGUGACUAGUGCAAAUUUGUUUCUUAAUGUUUUGUGUUGUUAUAAACAGUGAUUGUAUUAUGGCCAUAGCUAAUGUCCAAUGUCAUGGCACUUUGAGUUCUAAAGUUGUAUUUAAAUUAUUAUGAUUACUUAUAUCAUUUAAUCAUUUUAUAAUAGCAGGUAUUAUAAUUAAAAUGCCUAAAACUUGCCUGUAAUAUUUAACAUUAGGGCUUAAUGGGAUUUAAUCCAUAGUUCAAUAUGAAACCCUCAUUAGCAAAAUGUAGAAGAUUAAGAUUUCACUAAGUAGCAUGAAGGACUGUUUAUUAAUUUCAUAGUAUAUCAUGGGCAAUGAUUUACUAUAUUAUAAAUUGGUCAGCGUAAAUUGGACUUUUCCAUGACAUUGUUAUAAUUAAAAUUAAAACCUGCAUUUAAAAU